AUACAAUUAAAUAACAAGUUCUUAUAUAAAUUCCAUCUACACUAGAAUAAGUUAUUUCUUACAAUUUCAUCAACACCAAAUCCAAGAUUAAUGGCUUCUGCAAACGUUCAAAAUCUCGUAUGCAACCCGCCGGAGAUCGUUCGACCCUCGGCCAACUUCUCCCCGAGCAUAUGGGGAGAUCUCUUCACUUCAGCUGCCAUCAAUCACAAUAAUCAGUUAAUCUGUGGGGAAGAGAUUGAAGCAUUGAAGAUGGAAGUGAGGAAGAUGAUCGUUGCGACGGAAACAAAAAUAAGAGAGAAGUUGAGCUUGAUCGAUAGCGUUCAACGCCUUGGGAUUUCAUAUCAUUUUGAAAAGGAAAUUGAUGAGCAACUUCAUAAUAUUUUUCACAAUAAUGCAUAUUUAGAAGUAAUGGAAGAAGAAGAUGAAGAUCUGCAUGCAGUGGCUCUGUGUUUUAGGUUGCUUAGGCAACAUGGCUACAGCGUUUCCACCGGUGUUUUCGAGAAAUUUAGAGGAGAUGAUGGGAAAUUCAAGGGUGACGAUGAGGGAAUUUUGAGCCUAUACGAAGCUGCAAAUUUGAGGACAAACGGCGAGGAAGUCCUCGACGAGGCGCUCGUGUUCGCGACGGCUCGUCUCGAGGGACGAGCCGAGCUGCAGUGCCUGCAACGGGGCGUGCCGAGGGUGGAGGCGCGACGCUACGUGUCUCGAUACGAAGAGCUCGAAACGAGGAACGAGGCGUUGUUGAGGCUGGCUAAAUUGGACUUCAAUUUGCUCCAAAUGUUGCAUAGACAAGAACUUGGUGAAUUAUCGAGGUGGUGGAAGGAGUUGGGCCUUGUUUCGGAGCUUCCUUAUGCAAGAGAUAGAAUGGUGGAAUGCUAUUUUUGGACAUUGGGAGUCUAUUUUGAGCCUCAAUAUUCUAGAGCUCGAAUAAUGUUGGCAAAAACUAUUGCUAUGAUUUCAGUCAUUGAUGAUACAUAUGAUUCGUAUGGCACACUUGAUGAGCUUCAAAUUUUCACAGAUGCUGUACAAAGAUGGGAAAUGAAAGAAAUAGACAGAUUACCGGACUACAUGAAGAUAAUCUACAGAGCUCUUUUAGAAGUCUAUGAUCAAUACGAGCAAGAACUAAGGCUACAAGGAAGAUCAUUUGCGGUUAAUUAUGCAAAAGCCAGAAUGCAAGAGAUUGUAAGAAGCUACAACAUAGAGGCCAAGUGGUUCAUCAAGGGCUACAUGCCUCCCUUUAGUGAAUACAUGGCCAAUGGCUUCAUCACAAGCACCUACUACUUGCUCGCCGCCACAUCUUUCCUCGGCGUCGCCUCCGCAACCAGCCACGCCUUCGAUUGGCUCGUCAACGAGCCGAGGAUCCAAGUAGCCAACGUCACUAUAUGUCGAGUCAUUGAUGACGUGGCAACUUAUGAGAUUGAGAAGAAAAGAGGGCAAAGCGUGACGGGCAUCGAGUGCUACAUGAAGGAGCAUGGAGUGUGUGAGGAAGAGGCAAUGCAGGAGUUCAAGAAGAUGGCUGAGGAAGCAUGGAAGGAUAUUAAUGGUGAGAUUUUGAAGGAGAAAUCGGUUUCAAUGGAGAUUUUGAAGAGGAUUGUGAAUCUUUCUCGAUUGAUCGAUGUUGUUUACAAGCAUAAUCAAGAUGGCUACACUCACCCUGAGAAAGUGUUGAAGCCCCUCAUUACUGCAUUGCUGGUCGACUCAUUCCAUUAAUCUAGCGUGACAAUGAGCUAGACAACGUCGUUUUGAUUAUAGUAUUAUUUUAUUUAUAUAUAUAUAUUUAAUUAUUUCAUGAGGAAUUUUUUUCAUUGUAUUAAUUUGUAAUGGUUAAGGUUUUAAUUUCAUUCGUG